AUGUCAACAGAAUCAAAAUUAUCAGCAACAUCUACACCAGCAUCAUCGAAUAAAGGUGAACAAAUCAUCUCAUCACCAUCAUCAACAUCGAAAUUUUAUCAUCGUCCUUCGAAUGAAUUACGUCAUCUUGAAUCGAUAUGGCAUGAUACAAAUACAUACGGUGUUCAACCACCACAAGUAUAUCGAACACCAAUACAAGGUGUUCAAUUCAUAAAUCGAAUGCAACACGUACAUAUUAAUCCUGAUUCUAAUGUAUAUACACGACCCUUACUACCAAACAUUAGUUCAUCAAAUACAAUAACGUUACAACACGAAGUAUCAGCUGAAGAUAGAUUGGUUGAACGAUUCAAAGAUAUAAUUAAUGAAUUUCACAAUCGUCCUUAUCGUGAAUAUUCUUAUGAUACAAACAUAUAUUGGAAUAUUGAACACUGCCACGAAAUAAGAUUUAAUGUUAUUAUUUCGAUAAAAAAACCGUGA